UUUAAAUCACCUACCGGAAGUAGCCGAAUGAUCGUUACCAGGGGAGAUCUGACGCUGCCUAGAAGAAAUUGGAAAAUCUGCCAUAGUAAAAUCGUUUUCUUAUGACAAUACUUUAACUGUUCGGUAUUUUCUUUAAACAAGACAUUUUCAGAAAGGGUCAGAGAUGUUGGGAACAAAGGCAGCGACAACGAUCGGACCCGAAGGAUGGAGAAAUUCUACAUUGAAAGGGAUAAAACUGUCACAAACAAUUGUACAGAAAAGUGAUAAAAACUGUGAUAUUGGUCGUUCUAUGGACCCACUGCCUCAGUUGAGAGAUACAGUAGCACAGCUGAGCAAUGAAGAAAUACACAGAUACACACGGGAAGUGAGAGCAGUUGUUGCUAAGCUUAGAGAGAGCCUUUUAGAAACAAAUGAAGAGAUUAAAUCUCUUACACGUGGAAAAGAAGCCCUGGAAAAAAGCCUCGAACACACAAGAAAAGACAUUCAGUUGAACAAAGAUAGUCAAGAAAAUCGUAUUUCGAGACCAACUAAAGAAAGGGAUCACGAUGGUGCAGAUGAUCUUCUAAACGCAGAGCGCUCACAUUUGUUGAACUGCAAGAAGGCUCUUGAACAACAGCUGAAAUCCGUACAACAGCAGUUACAUACACUAGAUGCUGCGAGGAAGCGUUUAUUCAAUGUCCUUCAAGAAAGAUCAAGAGUGCUGGAUCUCCUCUGUCACGCUCUGUCCUCCAUUGGAAACAGCGCAAAGCACAGCGCCACUGGGUCCCGCAGUCGCUCAUCCCUCGACGGGCGUCUUUCUCGCUUGGGACCGUCAAUGACUGAUCCAAUUGGUCCGUACACCCCUGAGGCCGACCUAGCAUUGGCUGAUGCCCAAGACGCUCGCGCGCGUUCUGCGUACCUUCGAAAGGAGUUGAACGAUGUUAUUGAUCGUACGGACAAACUAACAAGGGCCGCACACAAGUCUGUAAACGAUGGCAUGACCCAGAAGUUUUCUGAAACUGUUACAUUGAAGCAACACCUGACCGUGAGUCUGGGUGAGAACCGCCACGCCAUCCACCGAUCACAGCGUUGGUAUGACGCCACAGAUCGCGCCAGAGGAUACACCAUGGGUCCAGUGAUGAGCGCUGACCUGUCCACACGUGAGAGGCUUGACCGACCGAUGGUUCGGGUCUUCCAGCGACACCCUGGCACACAGCUGCCUGAGGCCCAACAGAUUAUUGAGGGUGGAGACGGCCUGCUCCAGUCCCUCACUGCAACGAGUCGCAACAUUGGCCUACUUCGUCUUGCGAGCCUACGACUUGAUGACGACAUCCGCAGUAAAAGUGCCGCUGCCUCUAUCGACGGAAGCAUCAUCCGCCUUCGACGCCGUAAAUCCGACCACAGAUGGACUCUGGGGGCUGCGUUCUAGCAAUUUAGACUUGUUUCACCUUAUGAGUAUUUUCAAUUUUCAACGUAUUGUGUUAUCGUUGACUUUUUUUCUCUCAAAAUUUUCAAAGAGAAGAGAACAAAAUAUAACCGUAAUUUGUUGUGUACUUCACAGACAGAAAUCAAAAGCAUAAUUUUUUGUGAUAUGUAUUUACUUUUUAUAAAUCUGAAUUAAAGUUGUUUUUUGUAAA